CCAUAUAUGUACGUGGGCGUGGUGUCUACUUCCGGUUGCUUGCCAGAGUUGAGAGUUGUGUAUCACGAGAGCGCUGCGCCAGAAAAUAGCCACGUUCUGCAGAAGAACCGCUCACGUGCACUCUGCCGCAGGAUCGGAUCUGUGCAGCAUUAAAGCUGAGUCGGGAUCAUUGACAGCUCUUCAUGGCAGUCAGAAGGGGACACAUUAGAUACGUAAAAGAGGUCUAUGAGAUGUCGAACGGUUAUGAAGAUCACAUGGGCGACGAGGCAAAAGAUUGCAAAACGAAUCUUAUUGUGAAUUAUUUGCCUCAGAAUAUGAGUCAGGAUGAGAUGCGAAGUCUCUUCAGCAGCAUCGGGGAGGUGGAGUCUGUCAAACUCAUCCGUGACAAAGUAGCAGGCCACAGUUUAGGGUACGGAUUUGUUAACUAUCUUAACCCUAGUGAUGCAGAAAGAGCAAUCAGUACUCUCAAUGGACUGAGACUACAGUCUAAAACUAUCAAGGUGUCGUUUGCCCGGCCGAGCUCUGACACUAUAAAGGACGCCAACCUCUACAUCAGCGGACUGCCCAAAGCAAUGACGCAGAAAGACGUAGAAGACAUGUUUGGACGAUACGGCCAAAUAAUCAACUCCCGUGUUCUUGUCGAUCAGGCGACAGGGCUUUCUCGUGGUGUGGCUUUCAUUCGCUUUGACAAGAGAGCGGAGGCUGACGACGCCAUUAAGGACUUGAACGGACAGAAGCCGCCAGGCGCUACAGAGCCCAUCACUGUAAAAUUCGCCGCCAACCCCAACCAACCUAAAAACACUCAAGUUAUUUCCCAAAUUUACCACAUGCAGUCCCGGCGCUUCAGUGGGCCGGUCCACCACCAGGCUCAAAGAUUCAGGUUCUCGCCCAUGAGUGUGGACCACAUGAGCGGCAUGUCCGGUGCUAACAUGUCUGGAAGCUCAUCGUCUGGCUGGUGUAUUUUUGUCUACAACCUGGGCCAGGAUGCAGACGAGGGCAUCCUGUGGCAGAUGUUCGGGCCGUUCGGAGCCGUCACGAAUGUUAAAGUGAUUCGCGACUUCAACACCAACAAGUGCAAAGGAUUCGGGUUUGUUACCAUGACAAACUAUGAAGAGGCAGCCAUGGCUAUCGCCAGCCUGAAUGGCUAUCGCCUCGGGGACAAAAUUUUACAAGUGUCGUUCAAAACGAGCAAGUCACACAAAUAGAAAGCUGGCUUGCAGGACGAAUGAAGGAGCGAGAUGUUUCCUGCAAUGCCAGAAAAGGUGGCAUAGAUUUGAAAAACUAUUGUUUUUAGUUAAAUCAAGUCUUUGCAAAUGUUCACAUUUCUCAGUCUCGAUUUGUUUUUUCGUUUUAGAUUCAAGCUGUUGGAUGCUUAAAUUGUUUUUAGGCGUUCUGGUUAUCCCAAAAUUUGACCAAUUUUGCAUUGUUAGCUUGCUAUGUGCCAUAUAUGUGGUCAAACACUUCAUUCAUCAGGUGCUGGCUUUAAGACUCUGAUUUUUCUUCAUUCUGUGUCAUAGCUCUUCAGUGUUUACGAUGCCUUAAUUUUACCCUUCUUUAUUCUGAUAAUGUAGCACUUUUUGGUUUCAGAUUUGAAAAUCUGAGUUUUAAAUCCAGCAGUCUGAGUGCUCAAUAGAAAAUGAGGGGAAAUAAGCAUGCGUGUGAAAUUUAAAUAGACUGUUUUCGGUGAAGGGAAAAGUCUCAAACCUGUAGGUGUUUUGAAAGGGACCCGCUGAAAAGAAUGAUUACUAAGAAGGACCAAAGACUCAAAUGAAAGGUUUAGUUUCCUCAUCCGAGGUGCAGCAGGUGCACACCCCUAAGCAUAUUCCAAAUAUAUCUGGAUUUACAUACUAGGUACUGAGUAUUUAUGUAAAAAUGUUAUCACAAUUGAGCAUCAGCAUCUCAUGUUUAAAGCUUGUUUUUUUUCUUCUCUCUAGGCGAAAACAUAAAGUUUUGUUUGAUUAUUUGAAAGUAGAUAUCAAGUACUAAUCCGCCUGCUUUUAAAGACUUGUGACUUUAUUUUGUGUUUGUUUGUUUGUUUGUUUGCUCUGGUGUUUUCUUUUGAAAGCUCUCGUUUCGAUUGUUUCAUGACAUUUACAAUCAUUAAAUUUUAUUUUGUUUUGCCGAACGUUUUGUUUUGUUUCCUUUUUUCUUCAUUUAUCUUUUAGUUUUUUACUUUAGCUAAUGUAGGCUCAAGACCAUUUCAAUAUUUACAGAUGCAUUCAUGUCACUUAGACCAGUUUUUAUCAGCUUAUCCUUAUAGGAGGAAUGCUAAAUUAUCACAUUUCAAGAUUUACAAUUUGAGAUUGAGCGUCUUAGAAACCAAAAUUUUGGACCAAAUUGAGACAAUAUGAAUAAUGGAUUAUCAGUGCAUCAUUUAAUGGUAUACACACACUUUUUUAACUCCAGUUGUUUGAAUGAUGAUUACUGAUGGGUCCACACGAUCACAACAUGUGCGAAACCCAUAUACUCUUUUCUUGACCUCUCUUAAGGUCUUCCAAAAAGCAGCACAUAUAAGCCCAAAUAGUAAAGUUUCCAAUGACUCGUAACUCGUUUCUGAUGUUUUUUGGCCUUAUGCUUCCUCUGCAGGACUUAAGGUUGGUAUAUGUAUGUAUGUGUGUGUGUGUGUGUGUGCACUAUAUUAUCGGUUACUGCCAUUAAUCUUAAUUGUCUGUACAGUUGUACACACUAGUGUUUGUAAUAAGAUACAGUUUACUUUCAUUGGAUGAACCAACAUCACCUGGUACGUUAUGGUUUAUGUGAACUUUUUAAACUAAGGCUUUGGGUCUCGUACCACUUUUGGUUCUACGUUGGUAUGAAACACGUUUUAACUUUGGCAUUCUCAUUUAUUUGGAAGUUUCGGUGUAAUAUGUGCAAUAUGGCAAAGUUAUUAGUAAUAAGCUAUGUUAUUAGCAGCCUGCCCGUCUUUGUCAUGCAAUGUUUUUAAGAUUCAUUUGGCUGAUGUUUAGGAGUGAACCGAGAUGCCAGUUGUAAUAAUAUCAAGCAGGACUUAGCCGGUGGUUGCUUAUUUUUUACGCCUUAAUUUAUGUACGAAAUCUUGGAGGGGAUCGAAUGGGAGAAUUAUUUAAGCUAAUGUAUACGGUUUUAUGUGUUGACGUGUUUCUUAAUUUUGUUUGUGUUUUUUAACUUAUUUUCAUUCUACAGUAAAGACAUCUGUUAUGAGAUCCUGUCUAACAUGUAGUUAUGAAAUAAAAAAUAAGGCAUCUUUGCUAA